ACCCAUAGUUGGAAUAUUAAUUUGUAAGAGUAUAAGAGCAUGCAUGAGACUUGAUGAUCAUGGACUACUCAUUGCCACGCCUGCCCUUGAGUAGAACUAACCUGUACUCCAACAAAUAAAUAACUCAAACUCACAUUUUUGACAAUGAGCUCAGAAGAACAUACAGGGGGUGAUAAGAGUAAGACAUCACCCGAAUCGUUUGCAGCUGAUGAGACUAAAUCUGGGAACGGUGAGAAAGACCCUGGAGAGUCUCCUGUAAGAACAGCAUUGCUCCUGGACUCCCAACCAGUCAGACAAACAGAUGCUGACAUGGAUGGUGCACAAUGUUCCACUCAGACAUUGACAAGAAAGUCAGAAUUGAAACCACUCUUGCCAAUAGACAGGGUGCCAAUGAAUGCAAUAGUCACAGACGUCGGUUUAUUACAUGUAUCGUCGACAGUCGGAAACGAUUCCAAGCUUAUAAACCUGGGUAUUUAUCUUGGAUUCACCUACCAGGAGGUACGUGAAUAUAAACAGACGAAUUAUACUGGUGGAGAAGUGGGUCAUCAAGGAACAACCAAGAUGCUCUUUGAUUGGAAGAUGAAACACACGGGAUACAUUCGAGACCUUUACGCAGCCUUGGAGAAGUCAGAAUUGGUCGCUGUUGCUGAAGCGGUCCUCUUACAAGAAGAAGGGUCCUAUACUUAUCUGGAAGUACCCUUGUCUGGCAGUGAGGACCCUUUCAUCACGAUGUUUAAAGAGGAAUUGACACAGUACUACCUUGACGACUACUGCUGCGUGAAAACAGACCCAUGGGAUGAAAGAGAGUUCAAGCUCAACCAAUACUUCAUCAACAUGGCGCUAUGUCAGGAAAACACUAGCACAGGUAAAGUCACAAAGAUUCCUCUCAAAGGAGGACACAACGAUCUAUUUGAUCUCAAGGUCGAUGAGCGGUUACGCAAUCGUAUCCUUGUCUUUGGUGAGGGAGGCAUGGGAAAAACCACACUGUGUAAAAAGCUAGCUUACGACUGGGCAACCAAAAAAGAGCAAUCGCCACUUCGGAAUAUCCCCAUCGUUUGCGCUCUGGAAUUUCAAAAGCUGCAGGAAUCGGACAAUGUAGCCGAUGCCAUCCACAAUCAACUCCUGUGCAAGGACAGUGACAUCACUCCUAAAAAGAUUAGGCAGUUCAUCAAGGCCAAUCCGGAAAAGAUUGCCAUUGUGCUUGAUGGCUAUGACGAGUUUGAUCCUGGGAGUCACAAGGGCGACAUCAAUGACUUGCUGUCUUGCAAGAUCAUGUACCAGGUGAUAACAUUAAUCACCACACGUCCAUGGCAUGCUUGUUUAUUGCGGCAGAAGACACAUAUGUAUGCUCAAGUCAGUCUCGAUGGCUUUGAUGCUGAUGGAAUCAAAGCCUAUGUCAGUCAAUACUUUGAAGAUGAACCAGUAGCAAACAGGUGCUAUGAGAGCAUUCUGGCAAAUGGGAUCAUGCUACAACUCUCAAGAACGCCGAUCCUACUCUCAAUGAUUUGUUAUCUGAAGAAGGUUUGUUCUGAAGACAUUGAUCAUCUCGACACCCUAAACUCUCUCUUUGCCAAGUUCCUCCGGGCUCUCUUUGUCAAUAACAUUGACAGAGUUGGCGAAACACAGCGACCACUCUAUCAUGAAAUGGUCACAGAAGUUAUUGAUAUGGCUAAGCUUGAAGAAUUUUGGGACAAUCUUGGUGAAAUAGCACUGAGAGGGGUGUUAGUCCCAGGAAAGAAAUUGAUGUUUUCAAUGGAAGUCUUUCAAGGAAGAGAGUACAUCUGUGAAGUAGGAUUGAAAUUGGGAAUCCUCGUCCGGCAGAAAUUGAAAGUAACACAAGAUAACGUGUUUGAAUCGAUGAAGAUUGUCUACUCCUUUCCGCACCUUCUCUUCCAAGAAAAGUGUGCAGGUGAUUUCUUAGCGGCUCAUCCUGACGUCUUAGACUCAACUUUGCAAGGUGUAGACGGUGUCGGAGAGGCUAUUUCUUUACAGUAUGCUCUGGCUUUUACUUGUGGAAGAAGACCACGAGAAGAGUAUUGCCAGAGCCGUUUACGUUCAAAGAAAAUCAUCAAGCGUCUUUCAGAGAUGCAAGACAUUUCUGGAGAUACCACCUCGUUCUUGUCUGAGACACAACAUCUUGGCAACAUCAUUCCAGACAUUUUGGACGACAUGCUCGCCAUAAAGUCCUACCAUUUCGCAAGAUCUCUCUUUCUGCUCAGCAUUGUACUUAAUCAUGAAAGUCAAGCUGGUUCCGAGCUUCUUGAGGAAAUCACUAGCCUAGAUAAAGAUCGCCCUGUUCAUUCUCCUGAUCAGGACUAUGAUGGUAGACUCUGUGAUUGUCUUCUUUAUUUUUUGAAGUCCGCCUCCUUAAACAACUGUCUCCUACAGCCCUGUGGCUCCUUAACGUUGACCAACAGCAUAAACAAGAUACCAUUAUUUGAUUUCUUGUCGAUGGCAAUGAAGGUAUUCACAGAAUUACGGAAUGUAUCCAUGAUGAAAUACUCUGCUGACUUUAGCCUCCCAAGAGGGUACACGGAUGACGGAAAUAGUUCGUCUAAAAAAACAAUGCUUCAGGAACUUCACCUGAGUUAUGGUCUAGAGCCUGUAAAUCUCUCAGAUCUACUGAAUCUCAUGGUUGGGUUGGAUUUCGAUGCACUAGCGUUGAGUAUUUCAAACUGUCAGAUGGAUAUGAUCUCUCAUGCUUCAGAAAUUUCACAGUCAAUGAAUCCUGGUUUUCGACAGUACAAUGGCAUAAGAAAGAUCGAGCUUACCAGCAUUGAAACUCCUGUUGAAAUGACUUAUCUUCUAGAGACCGCUGCAAGGUUUUGUCCGAUGUUGAUGGACUUAAAUCUAAAUUUUAUGGCACUGAAUAUGCCAACCUAUGCUUCAUUAGAGGAUUGGCCUAUUGAUUUUCUUGGAAAGACGUCUCUCAAAAGGCUUAACAUCGGGUACACCGACAAUCCUAUCCAAGCCAUAGACCUCAUAAAAGUCCUUUCACUGUAUUGCACCUGCCUAAAGAGGUGCUAUCUGACUGAUGUUGAGGUGGAAAUACCUUCUCCAAUGGACAUAGAGUUCGUUGACUUUGCUGAGAAGUUAGCCGUAGAGGAGUUUGAGCUGAAUAAUUUGCAUUCCACCGUGAACUUCGCUGAUAUCAUGUGCCUUGUGGGAAAGACAUGUUCAGGAGUGAAGUUGAUAUCCCUCAACAGAUUUAAGUUGUCAAUCCCAAACUUGGUCGAAAUAAGAAGAAUUGGUUUGUUUGAAAACCCAGAGCUUGAAGAUAUCCGCAUCCGAAUGACAAAGAGCGCCUCUACUACUCCCCUUAGUGGUCAAGGUGGAGAAUCAACUGGUAAUGUGAGUGAUUCUCCAAAGGAUCAAAGUUCGGCAGGUGCUUCUGCAAAGAAGUUUGACAGUCCUGACGAUGAGAUCAAGACAGGAGUAAAGACAGAUAAGAGGGAUUCACUUUCAAUACCUUCUAUCACAUGCCAAAGUAAUACGAUGGCUCGUGAUUUUGCAGAUGAGAGGAGACUCUCCUCUUUUGAUAACAGGACACAUAUCCCUUUGAAAACUUCCUCCAAACUCAGCACUAAUGUCAUAUCGACAAGCAGAACUAUUUCUAAACCCAUGGAUGUGAGUUGUGACACUCCUAAUCUCCAUCAGCACACCCAUUCCGCAACAGAGAACAGGGUGCAGGUAAACACGUCACAAGUGCAUGGAAACGUCAUCCCGAAUGCAAAUGAAAUCAAAAGAUUACUGAAACAUUUCUCUCCUUAUGUCAUGCCUGAGAGUGGACCACUACCAACAACAGACAGAGAGGUUUCGCUCAUAUUUUUGAAUAAGAACAUACCCCAAAACUGGUUUUCUCUGUUAGAUUUGCUAGCUCUCACAGCUACAACGAGCUCAAAUCUGAAGAGAUUGCGACUACUCGACGUGAAUGUCGAAAUACCAUCACUCUCUCUAUUAAAGAGCUACCCUUUCAGAGUUGGGAUCAAGCAUCUCAUUAUGGCAAAGACCAGAUUUCGUAAUGCUUCACUGGUGCAGGUUCUGAACGUUGUUGCUGCAGUGUGUCCAAAUUUGCAGUUGUUGGGUCUGUCUGAUUGGCUAGAAGACAUAGGUCCAAAUAUUAACGUCGACUACGAGUCACCUUGUAAUUUGAACUUGACAGAGAUAAGAGUAGAGUUUCUCCACAACUCUGUUUCGUUGCAUGGCAUGUUGUCUCUAACUUCUGCCAUCUGUCCAAGUUUGAGAAUUCUUUCCAUUGCUAAUAUAAAAGGAUCAAUGUCCACGCCAUCAGAAGAAUCUACCCAAAGCAGAAAAUGCCAUACACCACCACCGAGAUUUCAACUUAGUUUAAUACGGUGCUGGAGUCCCAUCAGUAUACCUGAGUUGCUGUCUUUAAUGAGGAGAUUCUACCAAGUUGCUAUUCUGAAGGUAGCACUAUGGGACUGCCAAUUAGCCGUUCCUCCAGAAAGGAGUGACUAUUCCUGGUAUUCUGAAAGACAUCAGUAUCAAGUGCACUUGACGAAAUGUAGAGCACGUCUUGUUGGAAUGACUGUCCAGAACACCAUGUCUAAAACCUGCCCUUUCUUUGCCCGGGUUGUCAAUGAUGAUGAUAAAGAUGAGCCGUUGAAAUAUCAGACUCCUGGUCAGACCAACCUCUUUGAUGAGGCUUCAUUCUUUGAUGAUAGACGGCGACUCAUGCAUUAUGCAUUUCUCCAGCAUGAAAUUGAUGCAAUCGAAUCUCCUAAUUCUCCUAGAGAUGUGUACUAACACACAGGUGCAGAGAAUGUAGGCCUACAUAUAUGCAGACUCGAAUAAACUUGAUGGGGAUAUUACUAAAAAUUUUACAUUGGUUUUCAGAAGGUGGAUUCAGAUAAUCUGCCUUCUGAUAGAAACAAAUUCUUUGUUGGCAAAGGCUCAUGACUCCCAUACAGGAGCUACCCAGGAGGUCCACGAGUUCACAGGUCUUCAAAAGGUAGGACGACUGUGGACCCUAUUUAACAGAUCUGUAAAACCCGGCCUCCCAAAACUCUGUUCAAAUGUAUUCAGCUAUACUUUAGUUACUAUUUUGUGAGUCUCCCCCCCCCACUGGAUCUGGCAGUGUACUUGGACAAAAUCCUUUGCCAUCAUUUAUUACUUCAUGCAUAUACCACAGCAUACUGAGGGCAAUGCGAUCUAGCUUUUUUCUUUUGUAAAAGACAUGAGAAUUGACAAACUUGAAAUGUAAGAGAAAAUGGUCCUUUUGCUUUGAUUGGGAAUGACAAUAAAUAUCCUUCAGCUUUAACAUUGACAUUCCACAUAGAUACAUGAUCUAUGUACAAGUGAUAUAUUUCUAAUUAUUUUUUUUUAAAGAUUCAUCCCAAUACAAUUACCAUUUUUGUGAAAUACAAAAUGAUGUAAAUUAGCUUAAGACCAAUAAAGUUAUUAAAAUUGUAGAUAUACUGUACAUUUCUAUUUUUACAAAUGAUACCAGACAUUAAAUUCUUUAAGUAUGGAAAUUAAAUGUUAGAAAUUAUGUUAGUUUAGAUAUUCAUUAAUUGAACUUUUGUUUACUAUUGUUUAUAGGUUCAGUGUAUAUUAUAUUGUCAAGAAGCAUACAAGCAAUGUCAUUCCUGUAAAAAAAAAUUGGCAAAUCGUGGCAAUACUACAGGCUGGCUCCAGGGCCCUGGGAAAUUUUUUUAAGUGGGGUGCUGAUGUAAAUUUGAAAAGCAAAAAAAAGGUUUCAAUACAAAAUGAAGAUCAUUGGCCGUUAAGGUUACAUUUUUCAAUUUUAACACAUCUUCCAGAAUACCCGAAGGUGCUGCCUAUGGAGAAUAAAUUAUCAACCACAAGGAAAUGUUCGGGGAGUGUUUCUUAGGGCCAUGGCUAGCUCUAAAAUUAAGAAAGAAAAAACCUAAAACCUCUCCAAGUUGGACGACAUGAUCGUACACCUAUUUAUCUAUCUCAUAUUUCCUUAGUAUAUAUUCUCUUUGUGCAGAAAAUUAGUUUUGAGAUCUUUAACAUCAUUCUUCUUAUGUUGAUAUUAUUCAUUUAUCAUGCAUUGUUUAAGAUUUUUUUUUUUCUUAGUGCCAUGACUCUUUCCAAAUUAUUACUAUUUAAUCAAGCCAAUGGAAGCACAGUAUAAUUCUGCAAAAGUUAAUAUAUUUUCUUUUUGACUUGUUAGACCUGUGGAUAUGAUAUGGUACAUAUCUGGGGAUGAUACUGUAGUUUCAUUAAACAGUUAAAGUGUUUAAGUCUUAGAUGAUCUAAAUCCUCAGUAGAAUGCAUGCUGAAUAACAGUUGUUACAUUUCAUUUGAUGCAAUUGAAAGUUGGUAAUAUCAAUUAUUAACUUGUAAAAAGUAAUUACACCAACAUAAGUGGUAGUGUAUCUGAAAUAUGUUUCAGCAGUGCAGAUAGUGUGUUGGAAGUAUUGUUUGUGAACACCUCAGUUCACAUUUUGACAAAAGAUUGAUAUUCUGGAAUGGAAAUAAAAUGGAUGUCUUUCAGUUUUCUAAUUUAAAUUUAAUUUUACAUUUUGACCACAUUCUUUUACACUAGCUAAAUUGAACUAGGAAAUAAGUAGUACUUCAGGUAUUGGUAUUUUAAAAAUAUGAUCACCAUUUUCAAAAGACAUUUAAAGAUCGUCUAUCAUUUUUCUCAAUAGUGACACUAUCUGUAAGCUUGUUUUGACUUUCUGUUACAUGAUUUAUGUGCUUUUUACUACAUACUUAUUAGUACAUGAAUUAACUUCUAUUAAAUCAUACAUUUUGAAACAAUCUAAAUAUCUUGAUGUAAAAUGUAAAUUGUUACUUUAUAAUAAAGUAGACAAAAAUGAGGAGACAAAAAGGUGGUCUACACAAGGAGCCAUGUAAAAAUUUUAAAUCCUGACACUAUUUCUGAUUUAUUUGGUGUUCAACAUCAAAUUAUGUAUUGAUCAAUAUUCCUCCUCGUUUUUUGAAGAAUGUCAAUGCUUCUCCAUCAGAGACUGUAUGCUGUAAAGUCUUGUCUAUAACUGAUAAAAGGUUAAUAAUGAGAAUGUCAAAUCACUUUUCAUUAUUCAAGUCUUUAUGAAUAUGGGAAGAUAAUCACAUCUCUUGGUAAGCUCUUUAUUUUGUUAACAUAAAGACACUAAACAAUGAUCUUUGUGAUUGCAUAUCAGAAAUUGCUAAAUGAAGAUUGUCCCCUCACCUUUUUAUCAAAAUCCUUGCUGUACAGUGCGUAUCAUAAAACGGGACAGCUAUGAAAAGUCUAUAAAAAAUUUUGU